ACCAGAAUACAAAGAUAUACACAAGAAGUAUUGGAACCACAUGCAUUAUUCAUCAUCAAUGGCCUCAUCUCCUACCACUCCUGCAACCACAACCACACCAUCAACAACUCUCCGGCGAGAUCACCACCGGAGCUUAUUCCCACCACGUCGAACAAUUCGGUUUCCCUCGGCGAGCCAGUUCGAAACAAUAAGCAUCUCCACGGACAACACCGAAGACGGAGAUCGAAUAAGACGGCUUCAAAAUGGUUCAGAUGUGAGAGGAGUAGCAUUGGAGGGUGAGAAAGGAAGGAAGGUUGAUCUCACACCUCAUGCAGUUGAAGUCAUUGCAGAGAGCUUUGGAGAAUGGUUAAUUAAGGACAAUGUUAAUGUUAAUAGUAAUAUUAAUAGUAAUGAAGAGUCAUUAAAGGUGGUUAAAGUGUCUUUGGGAAGAGAUCCAAGAAUCUCCGGCGAGAGGCUGAGCAAGGCGGUGUUCACCGGACUGAUGAGAGCUGGUUGUGAAGUGUUUGACAUGGGAUUGGCUACUACUCCUGCUUGCUUUAUGAGCACUGUUUUGCCUCCCUUUUCUUAUGAUGCUUCCAUUAUGAUGACUGCGUCCCACUUACCAUACACAAGGAAUGGAUUGAAGUUUUUCACCAAAAAAGGAGGAUUGACUUCUCUUGAUGUGGAGAAGAUUUGUGACAGAGCUGCAAACAAGUAUGUCAAUAGAAACAUGGGAAUUAAUGGUGCCAUUGUUUCCACAACAAACUUAACAAGGGUUGAUUUCAUGAGUGCUUAUGCAAAGCAUCUAAGAGGAAUUAUCAUGGAGAGAAUUAAUCAUCCUCUUCAUUUUGACACUCCUCUCAAAGGUUUCAAGGUAAUAGUGAAUGCCGGCAAUGGAUCUGGCGGCUUUUUCACAAAAGACGUACUAGAUUUGCUCGGUGCAGAUACUUCUGGUAGUCUUUACCUCGAGCCAGACGGUACCUUCCCCAACCACAUUCCGAACCCAGAGGACCCGAUCGCUAUGUCCCUAACACAGGCCGCCGUGCUCGGCCACAAAGCCGAUCUCGGCAUUGUCUUUGACACCGACGUAGACCGUAGCGGCGUAGUCGAUGCCACCGGCACCGCCAUCAACGGCGACAAGCUCAUAGCUCUCAUGUCAGCCAUUGUUCUCCGUGAACAUCCAAACACAACCAUUGUUACUGAUGCUAGAACCAGUGUUGCACUUACUAAGUUCAUUACUGAUUUGGGCGGCAAUCAUUGUUUAUACAGAGUUGGUUACCGUAAUGUCAUUGAUAAGGGUGUGCAGCUCAAUAAAGACUCCAUUGAAACUCAUUUGAUGAUGGAGACCACUGGCCAUGGAGCUCUUAAAGAGAAUUAUUUCCUUGAUGAUGGGGCAUACAUGGUGGUGAAGAUCUUGAUUGAGAUGGUGAGAAUGAAGCUAAGUGGGAAUGAAGAGGGAAUAGGAAGCCAUAUCAAGGGACUUGCAGAGCCAUUGGAGUCUGUUGAACUAAGGAUUAACAUCAUAACCCAGCCCAAGUAUGCAAAGGAGAAAGGUGCACAAGCUGUUGAUGCUUUGAAGAAGUACAUUGAGGAUGGGCAACUUGAAGGAUGGGAGCUUGAUGGAUGUGGAGAUUGUUGGGUGAGUGAGGGUUGUCUCGUUGAUACUAAUGAUACACCUGCUGCAGUGGAUGCUCAUAUGUACAGGGCAAGAGUUAUAGAUGAAAAGAUUGGGGAGUAUGGUUGGGUGCACUUAAGGCAGAGUGUUCAUAACCCAAACGUUGCUCUCAAUUUGCAAUCUUCUAUUGAUGGAGGAUGUCAAGCGAUGGCCAAAGCUCUCUUAGAUAAGUUUUUUAUUCCAAGUGGCUUGGCAGAGGUGCUUGAUUUCAGUCAAGUUAAUGACUUUGCUUUAAAGCAAUGCAGAGAUUGAGUAUUCUUUGUAGUUUGUGAUGUUUUAUUGAUACAUGUGAAAUAAAUCUUUGAUUGUAUUAUUAUGAUAAAUAUUUAAUGAAAAUUUAAGGGUUGUUUU